AUGCUCUGGGCGCUGGCCCUGGCCAUCACCGCCGCCUGGUGCUGCAGCAGCGCAUAUGCGGCCGGCCCUUGCUCCGUCACCUCCCCACGGACAUUCUACCAGGCGUUGCAGAAUCCGCAGUGCAAACUUCUGCGCAUUGAGGGGACAAGUCUCAUCCUCACACCGGCCAGCUGGGCCGCCUCCGCCGCAGCCAGCAGCCUUCCCCCUUUCCCCUUGUCGCCCUCGCGCUCCCCCUCGUCCCUCUCCUCUUCCUCGCCCCAGCCUCAGCCCCUGCUAAUCUCCAGAAACGUCACUCUGGAGAGCAGCAGCUCCGCCACAUGGAGUGACGGCAGCAGCAGUAGUAGUAGCGCUGUGCGAGCGAUCUUUGAUUGUGGCUACCUGAAGCACCACAUCACCGCUGCCGCCGGAGUCACCUUUCGCAUCCAUGGCCUCACGCUGGAAAACUGCCGACAGCCCUCCGCAUUACUCGCAGUGGGUCUAGACCUCCUAGAACUGGGUCCCGGCUCGCAGCUUUUGUUGGAGGACGUGACGUACAAGUGUGUGCUGUGUCCGCCGCUGGGAGAGCUCGUACAAUUUGCCGUCGCCACGCCGCGUCCCGCGGCCGCAGAGCAAAAGCAGCAGGCUGUGUGGCCGGUGCGCGACGCCUGCCUGCCGGGUACUGCUAAUGUGGCGGAGGCAGAGCUGCAGCAAGAGCAGGCCGGCGGGUGCACUGGACAGGCGGUCCGCUUUGACGACUUUGCACAGCUUGCCACGGGGCCCGGUCCCAACGGUGUCCGUAAGCUCAGCGGUGGCAUGGUCCGCUACCUCAACGUCACACAGCUGUGCGCGAACCAAGUAAAUGCGUCCUGCACUGCCGUACGAAGCCUGGCGGAAUGCGCCCAGACCGCAGUUGCCAACCUGAAGCUGUCGGAGUGGGACAAUGCGGAUCUCCAGGUUGAGGUUUCGGAGCCACCUCCCCUCGCCAGGGCCCCCUCUAAUGUGGCUUUAGUCUCGGAUGCUUCAGCUGAGGAGGAGCAGCAGCAGCAGCAGCUGGCGGGGGUCGAUGCUGCCGCUGCAGGUGGUGGUGGAGAUGGUGGUGGUAAUAAGGUGGCUGGUGAAGUUGGUAAGGUGGCGGCUAUGGAGGUGGUCUACUUCUCGGCGAGCGACGCGAAAACUCGGCGGUUGCUGGCGAUUGUGGUGCCCUCUGUGGUGGGGGUUCUGGGUGUGCUGCUGCUGGUGGCGGGGCUGCUGGUGUGGACUCGGAGGAGGCAGAAGUUCGCACCAUGCCCCAUUGGGAUCAAGGAAGCCUACGAGGGUACCCGUAUCUAUUUCUGGGUUGUGUUCGUGGGCCUGUCUCAGGGCUCCGACAUCGGCGUGCCCCAUGCCAACCUAGAUCUCGACCUGGGCCUGGAUUUGGAUCUCAACCAGUUCACCCACUUCAACCACCUGGGGGUCCUACACAACCACCACCACCACCAUCACCACCACCUGCAUGGCGGCGACGGUGGCGGCAUGGCAGCUGUUGUCCUGAGCGGCAUUGGCGGAGGGCUUGCCGGCAAGGGGGAAGUAGGAGCCAAGCACCACCACCACCACCGUCAUGUGCAGCACCAGCAGCAGCAGCAGCUGGGGGAUUGUGUCAGCGGAGAGGAGGGUGUGUCGGAUGAAGUGUGGAUUGGUGGCGGCCACCGUUACCCGCUCUCCUGGGACGGCCCGGAUGGCCGGGUCCGGGCCUCCACCUCCCUCACCCCCGCCGCUGCCGCUGCCGCCAACUCGCCGCGGGCACAGCCCGCCGCAUCGUCGUUAGGCGGCGAAGGCGCACCAGCACCCGGCCCUACUCAGCAACAACACCAGCUGCAGUACCACUUCGAGCUCACACAAUUACCAGACCCCCCGUCUCCGGUGCUGGGUCGCAGUCCGUUGGGCUCCGCACUGCUGGGGCAGUACGGGCAGGUGCCAGUGGCGGUCAAGGUAUUCCACCGGGACUGUCUGGGCGGGUCGUACGAGGAGCUCAAAGCGCUUCACGGGGACCUGGAGGGCCUGGCGGGCUUGUGUGGCGUCGGGGCGGGAGUCAGUUGUGGCGGCGCCGGAGGCAGCGGUAGUGGCGGCGGUGGGAGGCAUCCGCCGCAGGUGGUCUCGGUGCUUGGUGUGGGGGAGGCGCCUGGCGGUGAGGAGGUGUUUGUGCUGGAGGAGCUUAUGAGCACCAACUUGUCCCGGCUGCUCCAGGAGAGGCAGGGACACGGCGGACUGCCUCUGGAGCGAGCACUGUCCAUUGCGCUGGAUGUGGCACUGGGCCUCUCGUACUUGCACCCAACCAUACUGCACAGGAAUCUCAAGCCGGAGAGCGUGUUGUUGGACAGCUCCUUCAACGCCAAGGUGGCGGAUUACGGACUGGGUCGGCUGCUGGACUUCGGGCCCCGGGAGCGGCGGGAGCUGGAGACCAGGAGGGCCCGAUAUCUGGUAGGAGAGGGCCGACAGCAACGCCGCAAGCAGAUAUGUACAGGUAUGGGCUUGUGCUUCGGUGUGUUGCUGUGGGAGAUGUUGGCCCGGGAGACUCCCUGGCGGCAUAUGGACGCGGACCAGAUAGCAGUGGCGGUGGCGGUCCAGAACAGGCGACCGGAGAUACCCGUCAACGACCGGUUCCCGCCUAAGGUCCGCAAACUCAUCUUGCAGUGCUGGGAGCAGGAGCCCCGCAAGCGACCCAGCGCCUCCGAGGUGGCCAAGCGCCUCUCCCAGCUGGUGCAUCAACACCGGGGCCGCAGCCGUGUUGUUGUUUAUAUAUAA